AUGAGUACCAGAAACUAUCCGGAGCUUCACGAAUGGCUCAAAAAUCCAAGAAACAAGGCCUACUGGGAUAAUGAUAAAGUUGAAGUGCGAUCUUCAAAGUUGGGAGGACUAGGAGUAUUCGCAAAGACAGACAUCACUCCAGUUGAGGAUGAUCCAGAAUCGGGGUUACUUCUUAGAAUAAGCAAGGAUGCAAUAUUAAGUGGACCUAACUCUUACAUUUCAAAUCUUUUGUAUGAUGCACAUAUAGAUGGAAUAUUUGCAUUAAUCCUUGCUUUUCUUUAUGAAAAAGCACAAGUUAAAAACUCCCCUUGGUAUGACUACAUUCACUCGAUAAACUUUCAUGUUGGUUCCACAAAAGAUGAUAAACGACUCAUGCUUCCGGCUGCAUUGUGGCCAGACGAAGAUCGUAUCUUAUUACAAGGUACAGAUGCUGAACUGAUGGGUGUUAUUGAUCCUCAGGAUAUCGAAGAAGAUUACAGCAUUUGUCUUCAAUUUGCGAAAGACAAUGCUAAUAUAGUCAAGCCACCAUACGAACUUACGCCCGAUGAGAAUGGUGACAAAACGGAGAAUGAAAGGAAAUACCGUUUUUUUGCCGCUGCAUGUUUUGCUGUCUCGUCUAGAGCUUUUGUCAUUGAUGAUUUCCAUCAGCUUGCAUUGGUUCCAGCUGCCGAUCUCUUUAAUCACGAUGCUCGAGGAAAGGAGGACGUCCAUUUUGUUGCAAUUGCCCAUGUUUGCCCUUUCUGUGGAAGAUGUGAUGAGUGCGGACAUGAUGAAUACGGACCACCAGAUAGUGAAGCUGAAGAAUAUGAAGUCGUGAAUAACGAUGAUAAUAAGGAUGGAAAAGAUUAUGAAGGCGAUGACAAAAUGGAUGAUGGUAAGAGCGAUGAUGAUGAUAAUGAUGAUGAGAAGAUGGAGGACGAUGAUGACGAUCAACAUGAUAUUGACUCUUUGUACAUUGAAAAGCUUGAUAAGAAGUUUAAAAAUGAGAUGAGAAAAAAGGAUAAAGAGAGAUUGGAGGAUAAGGAAGAGGAUGAGUCAUUCGAUGUUCCUGAUGGAUACAACCUGGAUGAAAUACUGCUAGAUCCGGAUCAGUGCUGUGAUAUUGUUCUUCAAAAGAAGGUUAAAAAGGGCGAUGAAUUGCUCAAUACGUACGGAGAUCUUUCUAAUGCCAUAUUGAUCUCCAAGUAUGGUUUUACGGUGAAGAGCAAUUCAAACGAUACUGUUUGUUUAGGUCGUCAAAUUGUUGAGCUAAGGGAUGGUACCGAUGAGGAAAUCGUUAAAAGAUUAGAUUGGUGGUCCCAAACGGGCUUUUCUUUAUUAAAAGAGUACAAGAAAGAGAAGUUCGACAUGCAGGAGGAUGAAAGUGCAGAAGAACCGGAUGAUGAGAAUUCUGUAACGGCAGAUGAUGACAGCUGGCUUCUUGCAAUUAGUAUAGCUUAUCCAAGAGAUUUAUCCUUGGAUGCUCUUUGCCUUGGAAAAUUGCUUACUGCAAGCGAUGUUGAAUUCCAAAAAUUGUCAGCAAGCAACAACAAGCAAGCAUUUGAAACAUUUGUUGGAGAAAAAAUUGAUUCUAAGGGAAAAGCAUUUUUGUCUGGUAUAUGCCAGAAAAGGCUUAGUUCUUUGGAAGGACUAAAAUCCCCAGUGUAUUCCCAGUUCGUCAAGGGACAGCUACAUGACUGGAGGAAGCAUAUGAUAUGUAAUAUUCUCAAGGAUGAGAAGUCCAUACUUGAAAAGACAAUUAAGCAUUUAUCAGCUUAG